AUGCGCAGCAGCCCAGCCGCUGUGGGCAGGGUCCCUGGUCUGUGGUCACAUUGCACCGUCCCGAUCACAUACAGUACUUGCUUAGUUGGUACUCAAGAAGGUUAUCGCGAUGGGCUAAAUGCUGGCAGAGAAUCCACUUUACAGCACGGUUUCAAUAAAGGUUACCAAGAAGGUGUGAGGAAAAUGUUGAUCCCCGGACAGAUGAAGGGGCUUCUGAGUGCACUGCUGUCAUGGUGUCACCUGAAUAAAAAUGAUCCUAAUCUCCUGUCCAAAGUAAAUCAGCUCCUUGACGUUGCUACCCAGCAGGAAGAACUUAUUUUUAGAAACCUGACUUCACCUCCCAGGGAAACUAAUGUCAGUGAUGUAAUAGAGUGCAUUGAGGACAUGGGAUUGGACGGUGGACCAGGGCAGCCAGAUAUGGAUAGUUCCAAUGAUGCUAUAAGCAAAAACUACUGCCACGCUGCCAGUGAAAUCAGAAAUCACAAUCCUGGAAUUAGCAGUACUGGUUUAGUUCACCAGAGAUGCUGCAGGACUGCAUCAGGAAUUGAUGAAGCAGAAAUGGUUCAGCAGCUCUAUCGAGACUGUGUGCUCUUGCUGAAAGACUAUGAAAUACCAGUGGACGUAGCGCCACAUUUUCAGUUGCAACCGUAA